AUGGACAGGUUACUUGCCAGGCAGACAACUGAGGGCCAGCUGAUUCUCAACUUCAUGGUCAACACCGACAAGGCGCCUGCCAACAGUCAAUCAGUCGCGGCACUGAAAGCCCGACUGGCGCUACUGGAGUCGUAUUGGGCCAAGGUGUUGAAUCGGCACUGCGAGAUGGACCCCACUGAGGAACAACGAGCUACUGAACCGUAUUGGACCAAAGACCAAUUCAGUCUGUACGAGCAAAAUUACAUACAGCACGUGGUCACCUUGAAGGAGAGGAUAGCGCUUCUCGAGCCAGAAGCCCCUCAGAUUGCCCAAUCUCCUGGGGCACCUACACGAGUCAUGCACGACGCCUCAGCGCCACUCCGCAAGUUACCACUGCCCACCUUCAACGGAGAUGUCUUGCAAUGGGCCGCAUUUAAAGAGCGUUUCAGCUCUCUGGUCGGCAACGUGGCCUCCUAUUCGAAGGUCACUAAGUUACAGUAUCUCCAAUCUUGCCUUGAAGGACCGGCCGCGAAGCGAGUGAACAAUAUGGAGAUAACGGGCGCUAACUACGACGUUGCAUGGGCCAAGCUUGUCAAACGGUAUGACAACGAAAGAAUCACGCUCUCCGCUCACCUGUCAAAGAUGCUUAAACUACCAACCACACCUCAAAGGACUGCUGCAGGAAUCAGUGGACUAUUAGACGAGGUCGACGAGGCUUUGGCAGCCCUCAAGCAUCUAGGCAGACCUGUCGAUCAAUGGGAUGACUGGCUGAUCGAAAUAAUCACUGCCAGAUUGGACAGCUCAAUCAUAGAAGACUGGGAGAAGUCUCAGGAGGGCAACGACAUACUGCCUACCUAUGGUGAACUGGUAGACUUCUUAGAAACUCGGAUUCGAUCCCUGGAAUCGGCGCAUCGGAAAGGGCCCGAACCGAGUUCCAGUUCCACAGUGAAGCCCACGCCAAGCAAAAAACAGGCUCCUAAGGAAAGGAAAUCGGUGAACUCUUAUCACAGCUCAUCGACCGAGGCAUCCGCGAAUCCUCGCUCGAAAAGGGGAUGCAGUAUAUGCAAGGGCGAGCACUUCAUCGGCUACUGCCCCAAUUUUGUCAAACUGGAACCCGAAAGGAGGAGAGAGCUCGUCUCCUCCACUGGUUUGUGCUUCAAUUGCUUGUCUGGGAAGCACAUAGUCGCUAAAUGCACCUCGAAGGGUCGGUGCUCUACACGGGAUUGCGAAGCCAAACAUCAUUCGCUGUUGCGGACAAACCGGUCGCUACAAAUAGGGAUGAAGAAACUGUGA